AAUGAACACUAUUCUUGAAAACCAAAUAGUAAUCAAUACUAGGCAGGAAAUACUCGUGCAGAUUUAGCCUUCAUAAUACGUGAAGCACUCAACAUCAAUGGCUGCACCUGUGCUGUCGCAAAGCAAGGUUAUACAAACCAGGUGCACCUAAUUAUUCUCAUCACAGGGUACAGAGUCAGUGCAGGCACCGUUUGAGCGGCAGAUACUGGGGAUAAAAAACACUGACUCGCACCUUGUAAUCUUUGUUUGACAGUUUAAUAACUGUCACAAUUCCGUGUCGUUUUUUGUGGUUAGUCGCAGGGAUGUCAAAUAAUCAUUUCAGGCUUUUGAUCGUGUGCCUUGUGUUAUCUGUGUUUGAAGACUGUUCAGAUGCUUUCAUCAGCAAAAGAAGAGAAUUUGCCCAAGUGAAAGGCUCCCCCAGCACAGAGAGCGUGAAUUUCUGGCGUUCCCACUACAACCCAUACCCAUCUUCUGCUGAACAAACCACAAGGCCAGAGCAAUCCAUACCAGAUGCUGCACACACGAGUACGGAUGAGAACCACCGAAACAGGAAGAUCCCAGCCUACCUUUACAAGGAUUUUCAACCUAGGACUCGCCAAGCAGAGGCGGCUCAUUUGCCUCCCAGUGAACAAGGAGUUUAUCAUUCUAUAACCAAUUUACAAACAUCCUUUGUUAAAGGAAGUCCCAAAAAUGUCCAAGGGCUCUACAGCUUCACAGGAACCAGACAAAUGAAAGCACUCAGUGAACAUUUUAGGCCUGAUGAUGUGAUUCACAAAAGUUAUGAAUAUGGUGUCAAACCUCCAGCCUCUAGGUGGGCAAGGCCUUCCCAGUAUGGUGGCUCUCCUAAGGAAAACCCCAGUAUUGCCAGCACAGACCAGUUAGUACAUGGAUACCAGUUUAAGACAAGGACUAUUGAUGAGGAUUUAGAAAGUGUGGUCCAACCAGUGUCUGGCGCAACACGGACCCACCAGAGAAUUAGAUCAGGUUUAGAAGUGUAUCCUAGAUUGUCAAUUGGGGAUGAUACAAGCAAAUCCAUCCCUAACAACUUCUCACCUUCCACUCAACACCACCCAGAUAUGGACACCCAUGGCCUUUACGGACACAUGCGACCUGCCCGAAACCGUUUAUCUUUAACCAACAGUGAAAAUUCCCGAAGCGUGAACAGUCCCACAUCCUCAUCAAGCAUGAAUCCACAAGCUGGACCUCAUUUUAAAAUGCAUCGGUCUUCCUACAACAGUGGAGCUCCAUCGUCACAAGAGGAGUUCCUGUCUCAACCAAGUCACCCAAAAGUACCUGGUGUUCUCAACCGUGGUUUCGAUUCCAGAUUUCAGCCUGUGGCCAGAAGAUACAGCUUUGGUCCAUCUGACGUAGCCCCUUCUGUUCCAUCGCCCACCCCCAGCCCCUCUCCUGGAAGAGACCCAGGUCCAGGGGGACCCCUCCCUGAUCGCUUUGCAAUGCACCCCUGGGAUGGCCACACCAGAGGUAUUGCACCUGGACCUGAGCGCUCAUUCCUGACCUCCUUCCAAAGGGAUAAGAUGGCUGCCGCAUACAAUCCAGGGCGAUCCACAAACGUCAACCCCCUUUACGGGUUCCAGGGAUUGGACCAUCAACCUCACAAGUCAUGGUUGGUUUCUACCGUGGAUGACGUCCAACUGUCACGUGGAGCCAUCGACGAGUCCUCGCAGAGAAAGUCAAUACCAGAGAACCACAAUUUUGGUAAUACCAUCUACGAAUAUCCGUCGGUUUUCAAGAAGUAUGGCUUUGGCAAGAACAGAGCAACCAAUCCCACUCCUGUAAGAUCUCACUCCAAAAAAAUGGAAGGCCUCAAUUUACAUUCUAGAAAUAAUGAAGCUACUAUUAACAAAAGUAAUGAGUAUAAUGUCAAACCUUUAGCCAAUCUAGCAGCAAUGCCUUUCCAGUAUAGCAGCUCCCCUAAGGAAAACCCUAGUAUUGCCAGCAAUGGCCAGUCUGUCAAUACAAAGCAUCCGUUUCUAGAAAGUGGAGUCCAACCGGUGUCCAGUGCAACACUGGCCCCUCAGAGAUUCGGUUUUAUUGUUCAUCCUCAUAUAUCGACCGGGGAUGACGCAAGCAAAUCUGUCACUAACACAUUCCCACCUACUGCCAGUCUGGUUAAGACGGAUCCAGUCCUCACCCAUGAGAACACCCACAACCCAAGAUUAUUUGAAAAUCAAAAAAGAGAGUUUUCUUCCUGGGGCUUUGCCACCCUAUCUCCUUUGAGUUCUGCCUCUAGACAGAGGGAGGGCACAGUUGCAUACCCGCCUGAUCCUACUUCUAUUCCCUACAGAGAGAAUGUAUCAGAUGGACUUGGCAAAACACAGACUCGCCAAAAUUCAGACAAACCUGGCAGCCUGCCAAUCUGGCAACCCAUAAAUCCCACACAAUUAUCCGUUAUGCCCAAAUCCUCUACCGCCUCCCCUGUGCUGGACCAAAGUACCACUGUCCCCAGAAGCAACAAUGAGAUGUUUUCAAAGAGAGAAGCAGCCCUCGGCAUCUACAGGUUGAGGGGAAAUAAACGAAAUACGACUGUUAGCCGUGGUCCUAAAUUUACACCCAAGAAUACCAAUUCUACCCAGAAUUAUUUGGAACUACCUGCAUCCGAAACUAUACCUGACCCUAACGCACAGCCUGUUGCUACAGCAACUGACCUUGGGACCCAAAUAGGAACACCUACCAAUGCUCUACCAGCUUCCUGGGGACCACAGGCCGGCCCUGAGGCGGUAGUGGCCAACCUUGUGAGUCGAACCCCCGAAAACCCAUCCCCUGUCCAAGAGAAACCAGUACCCCAAACUGCUGCCACCAAAAUAGCCCCCACAUUGUAUGAUAUCCUGUAUAAAAAGCCCACAAGUAGUCUAGUGAGAGGAAAACUUGUGAAGGGCAAAUUACCAAUGGCCCAAAAACAUAAUGGCUCCUUUACCUUCAUUAGGACACAUUUUCCACCCAAAGCUGGGUUAAACAAGCAUAUCAACUCUAAGCCUAUCCAGUUUGCUGAUGUUGCAGGAAGUGCAUCUUUCAGUAGCAUUACACCUGAAAAGCGCCCACGAGUUGGAGACCCCCUGACCCGGAUACACUUGACAACCGACGCCAAAGCGACAGCCAAUCAGGAGGGACAUGCUCAAAUCCCAGCUCCAAUUAGGAGGGACCUAUCGUCCAGUGGGUCUUUCUUUUCCGUGGGUGGAGGUGGUCCCAGGAGUGCCUCACGAGUCCCCAGGCAGGAAGGACAUGUUGAUGCAGGGGGUGACAUCAGCGUGCUGAGGCUUGGUUAGAGUGGAAGUCAAGGGCGUGGGGAGAGCAAACCAAGUUGGAAGUUUAGUGGUUUAAGCACUGGCCUGUGAUGGUAGCAUUGUUUUGAAACUGCCAAAGGAGAUCUGUCACAGGACAGCUGCAACGAGAAAGGUGACAAACCCAGGACAGGUGACCCAUCCCUCACGGAGAACUAGACAAGAUGUCUGGACCUCCCAUCAGUUUACAUGCUCAUAUCCACAUGAUGUUUUGUAGUAUUUAUGCGUAAAUGUUUAGCACUUGUGAAUACAAUUGUUUGUUUUUCAAUAAAUGUUAAUUGAAAGUGGACAGUUAAA